AUGGCUGGCCUGGCGACAUGUGCAACACGCUCUGGUGGUGUUGCGCGACGACAGCUGGAUUCUGGAAAGACUAUGCGACGUCGAGAAAUGCCAUCCUACAUCAUUUUCCGGGGCCAAAGCCACACCUGCUCCGAGAAAGACACCCCCGAACCUGACUCUCAAGAUUGUCGACUGGAGGACGGCACCAUGUCAGCCUUACCGGGUCGAAGCACACGACCACGUGAGACUCUGUGA